AUGGCAUCUGUGGACGACGACGAUCGAGUACCGGAUUCUCAGGACGGGGAUGGAGAGGAUAGCAACAGCGACGACGGACAGCGUCCUAUCCGAGGUCUUCCCCAACGACCCCCACCAUCUCUAGAUCACCCUGAUCGCAUCAAGGCAUGCUGGAGCGUGGAGAGAGGCAUCUGCAAUACCUCGGCAUGCGGUGCCGCCAUCGCUGCUGUUGUUCCCGGUUUGAAAGCCCAACUCCCCGGCCAGUCCAGAUGGAACAUCCUCGCCGACAGCCUCCUCAAUCCCCCUUUGACACCCGGGCGAGUUCUUUCCCUCUCGGGACUUCACCCUAAGGACCCUAGCCUGGCCGAUCAUGUUGCGGUGUACGCACAUGUGGUGACAGUACAGGAUAGGGAUACCGGGGACAUCAAGGUACUACCCUAUGUCGGCAGCGCGAUGGCAGGAAUGUUGCGAAGGGACGGUCCGGGUCCUCUAGCCAGUCGAAUGGCAUACUACGACAAGGUGAUUACGAGGGCUGCAGGGUGGGAAAAGACCCGCCGAGACAUGUCGGAACAUGGUCUCGUCUUUCGUCUAACUGAUCGAGAGUUCAAGAAUCUCAGUGGCAAGGAGAAGAAGGAGGAGAAGUGGAGGCCUUACAAGGUGAUCGGCGAUACUUGGUUCGUGCUAUGGUCGAUUCCGAGGGAAGAGAUCACCCAGCUGCUGGUACCCGGGCUAGGACCUCCUCUCCUAAAGCUGUACAGGCAGUACCAAAGCCGGGAUCCCAAUCUGGGCGAGAUGUACACGCUGUUGCAAGCGGCGGUGUGGGGUAUAGAGGGCCACUAUAUCCUCGGAUACGGAGAUGCCUAUCUCGGGGACAUGCCAGCCUUGCAAGAACUACGGGACAAGGUCAGGGAUCCGCCGAUCUGGCUGGAGGACAAGGGUAUUGAUGUUUUCAGCCUGAACGCACGCUUCACCUCGUUUGAACGGAGCAUCGGUGCACCUUCCCGUCCUCCCACUGCCGAGAAGAAGGAUGCGUAUCAGCAAACCCUCCUUUUCUACGAGGACAUUAUCAAAAAAAGGAUCCCUCGGAGCGAAGAAUCCAUCAAGGCCUACAGGGGUCGUCCCGGGCAGGCUUACGAUGAGGUUACGUACGACAACCUCGAUCAGCUUGAUGGACUCCCCGACCUCGAUCUCCCGGAGAACGAAAAGGUGGUCAGCCCACGAGCGAGCAGGUUGGUAGUGGAUAUGGAGUUUGACAGCGACGGGAUGGGGCAGCUUCAAGCCGUAUCGAAGCGUGACGUCGUCCUGUUUGCGUUGGGAACCGGCAAGUGGUGGCCCGAGGCUAUUACACAAGGGUUCGAAUUCAACACGGGAUACUCUCUUGCCGACCAUCCCCACUACUGCAAGAGGGACCCUCAGCCUUGGGUGGGCGAUAUUGUCAUCAAGGUACCCGCAGGCACCGACGGAUGGAGCGUGGAUAUCGACCUCGAGCACCUCGACCGCAACGGCCUACCUCCCCCGACCGGGACAGGGAUCGCCAUCAACUUCUGGACCGGAUCGCACACGAGACCUCGCAAAAUCUUACAACUACGUCGUCAAUACGGGAAGCUGUUCCAAGGAGAGCAAUCGCAUGAUCGUGUGCUGUCUGCCUUUGCCAUGGUCUUGCGAAUAUCGAUCGCGGCCUGUAAGCUGAAAGACUACCCGCUUCCAAAGUGUCUUCUCGAACGCCCUGGAUCCACUCAUCUUGCUUGGAACGACGAAGACGACUACUCGGACCCAGCAGAGCAAAUUCGGCUCGACUUGCAAGCAGACGGGAAGCUAGCAAUCGCGGGGUUUCAACCGGGCCAGGUUGUCGCGCAACAGGCCGAGCUGAUUGCGGGUAUCCCGUGUCAAGUUCGACCUCUUGGCGGCCCUCUGCCCCGAGGGAGCGUCAUGAGAGGUCUCGGCAGGGACGAGGAGGCGGGUCUCCCUGUUGCUCUCCUUCUGGACCGAGCCCGUUCCAUUCUCGGUGCUAGCAAGCAAGUCUCGGGCAUGAGAGAAGUCCUCGACGAGACUUGGACUACACACGCUGUCCUCCCACGCACUUUGACGUACCUCGGUUACGGGGUCUCGGCUCAUCGAUUUAGCGUACGAGGCCAGCCGACCAUCGCGCUCAUCAAGGGUUUCGAGGAGCUGGGAAACCAGACGGCCUUUCUCGAAAGGGUCUCGAACGUACUGGACGGUCUGCAGGAUGGAUAUUUCGAGGUCGGCGAGAACGAUCGGCACUGUUUCCUGCAGUGGCACGACAACGAGACGUGGGUACAGGUCGACGUCACCACCGAAUUGGUCAAAGAGGAUGGGGAUGUGAUCCUACCCCCCGCCUGGUCCACCCACCGCCAGGUCGAGGACGGAUCCUUCUGGCCUGACCCGAGCCUGACCGUUCCCGGACUUGGUGAUCGGGCCAUGGAAGAGGCGCUGGUCGAAGCGAUUGAACGAAGCGACCAUAUCGCGAUCGUCGGGUUUCUCGCUGCCACCGAAGUAUCUCCCGUCCUGACAGAAGCCAGGCUCGCUCGUCUAGCUCUCGUCUGUCUCCAACACCUCGUCUCGGAUAUCAGCCUCGGGGUCUCUUCUGCGGACAUCAGCCUCGGGGUCUCAUCGGACGAGCCUGUCAGCAUCGCCAACUGGUUGAUUCAAUACAUCAUGGAAAGCGAGUUGCAUUCGGAUUCGGACAACCUCCCCGACUUGUCGAAUGCUAGCAUACUUCGGACCUUGCAUGCGGUGGGCUUGUACCUGCCCGGUGCUCUCAUCGUGCCUCUCGAUACCCUGGACCUCGGUCCCCUGGACUCGGCGGCGGAUCUGCAGCUCUUGGUUCAGAUGGCGCAAGACAUGCCGUGGCCCAUCGUCUCGCCCUUGCUGACCGAGGUCCCGGAUCAGGUGCGACUUGGGAGGUCUUUGGCGAAAACGACAUCGGCAUACUGGGCGGUUUGGACCCUGACUACGGGAGGCUGGCUCGUCAUGACUCCCGAGAACCUACAAUUCCCGGAAGGACACGACCCAGAGACCAUCCCGCUCCACACGGUACGACAGGUCGACGUUCACAACGAGGGCGACCACCUCGCCAUCGAUCUACAUGUCGGCGGCGGCGGUGACGGCGGUGUAGAGGUCCGAUUGGAGCGAGGACUGGGCAAGCAGGACGCCAUCUGGAAACUGUCCCGUUGGUGCCAUCGGGUCGUCGAGGGAGGAGACCUUGAUCCCGGUCUUCCCAGCGACGUCGACUUUGACGAGGAGGUCUGGGCCGAGACGAUGUUGACGGUGUUGGCGAGGGAUGUCUGA